GAUGGCGGCGACAGUAACGGUGGGGCCCGCGGGCCGCUGCCAGUGGGACGAGGCCGUGCGCAUCGUCGUGCGCGGCCUGACCCCGGAGCAGUCGGUCACGCUGCGAGCGUCCCUGCGUGACGAGAAGGGCGUCCUCUUUCGGGCCCACGCGCGCUACCUAGCCGACGCCGGCGGCGAGCUGGACCUGACGCGCGCGCCCGCGCUGGGCGGCAGCUUCGCGGGGCUGGAGCCCAUGGGGCUGCUCUGGGCCCUGGAGCCCGAGAAGCCUUUCUGGCGGUUUCUGAAGCGGGACGUGCAGACGCCUUUCGUCGUGGAGCUGGAGGUGCUGGACGGCCACGAGCCCGACGGAGGGCGGCUCCUGGGCCGGGCGGUGCACGAGCGCGGCUUCCUUGCACCCGGGGUGCGGCGGGAGCGGGUGCGCGCGGGCCGGGUGCGCGCCACGCUCUUCCUGCCGCCAGGACCUGGACCUUUCCCAGGGAUCAUUGAUCUCUUUGGUGUUGGAGGGGGCCUGUUGGAAUAUCGAGCCAGCCUUCUGGCUGGUCAUGGCUUUGCCACAUUGGCUCUAGCUUAUUAUGACUUUGAAGAUCUCCCCAAGGAAUUCAACAGCAGAAAUAUGGACUACUUUGAAGAAGCCGUGUGCUACAUGCUUCAACACUCUCAGGUUAAAGGCCCAGGUAUUGGCCUUCUGGGCAUUUCUUUAGGGGCUGAUAUUUGUCUCUCCAUGGCCUCAUUUUUGAAGAACAUCUCAGCUACAGUUUCCAUCAAUGGAUCUGGGUUCAGUGGAAGCACAGCCAUAUGCUACAAGGACGCUUGCAUCCCACCAUUGGGCCAUGACCUGAGGAGAAUCAAGACGGCUUUCUCAGGCCUCCUGGACAUUGUGGAUGUACGAAAUGAUAUUGUAGGAGGGUAUGAAAACCCCAGCAUGAUUCCAAUAGAGAAGGCCCAGGGACCUAUCCUCUUCAUUGUUGGUCAGGAUGACCAUAACUGGAGGAGUGAAUUAUAUGCCCAAAUAGCCUCUGAACGGUUACAGGCCCAUGGAAAGAAAAAACCUCAGAUCAUCUCUUACCCUGGGACUGGGCAUUAUAUUGAGCCUCCUUACUUCCCCAUGUGCCCAGCUUCCCUGAACAGAUUACUGAAAAAGCCUGUGAUCUGGGGUGGGGAGUCCAGGGCUCAUUCUAAAGCCCAGGUAGAUGCUUGGAAGCAAAUUCUGACCUUUUUCUGCACACAUCUUGGAGAUACCCAGAAAAGAGCUUGCCCCAAAUUGUAAUGCAUUGGUCUGUUGUUGACAUGAGAUACAAGGUCAGAUUCUAGUGCUUAAUAAUCUUUUUUCUUUAAUCC